CCCCAGCUCCGGCGCGAGCGCCUAAACACCAGCCAGGCCCUCUCCGCCGGCGUGCCCUCCACCACGGCCGGAUGGCGACGCCCGACGUCGGCUUCUGAGGAGCUACAUCAACAACAACAAGCUAGCACAAAUCAAAGACCCUCCCAACAAAUCCAUGGCCGCCGGUGGAUUGAAAUGGGAUGUUGCUGCGGUCAUAACCGUGGUCGGCUGGUUUGUGACGCCCAUCAUCACCUUGCUCCUGGCCAAGAUCAUUGCCUUCCUCGGUUUCGACGACAACUACGUGUUGCACAAGCUCAUGGAUCUGGAGAUCCGUAUCAUCCCGGAGCUGCAGCGGACGCUGCAUGCCGUAGAUCAGAAGAGGAUGAUGCAGAGGGAAGAUGUAUCCGACGAGUCCAAGUCCAUCCUCCACAAGAUGGCCACACGUCUGAGGCACGCUUGGGAGGAGGUAGACGACAUCUUCGAUGACAAGCGGGAGAUCGAUCUCUACCGCAACAGGUUCCCACAAUGCCUCUACCCCAUUGUGGCCGCCCGCGUUGCUGCCUUCAAAAGCAGCCGCGAGUGGACUGGAUCGGCCUGGCCAUUACAGUGGGCAGCAUGGAAGAUCUACUUGCGUUGGUUAGAGCAUGCACUUCAGGCGACUGCCACUGCUAUGUCCACCUGCAUUGCUCGCUUGAACAUGAGCUGCAUGUGGAUUGGGCGCUUCAACAUGGUCCCGGCCGGACCAGCUCCGCUGUUGCAGUGGGUGUUGAAGAUCUUGUCGCGUGGGCAAAAGGAUAUACUUCCGGUGACUGUUGUGCACCCCCACCAGACCAAUGCUGCCGCCUCAAAUGAAUCAGCUCUGGAGGUUCCAGUGACCAUCUCAGAUAAGUUAUCAGUCCCGUUGACUGCAGCCUCAAAUUCCUCGGGGCGCUCGCUCUCUUGCUGGUGGAGGAGCUCGUUGGGACUCUUGAAGAAAUGUUGUAGAUCCAUCUUCUACUGGUUAGUUCAUGCCAUUGAGAUUGCACGCUUUUACAGAGACUGGUCCUAUUGCAUAGUUGGCAUCACAAGUCACCAGGAUAAUGCCACUGCGUUUGAUUUUGUCCUUUCUGCCAUCUCAAGACGGAACUUGACGAAAAGAAUAGAGGAUAUUGAAGGAAUCGUCAGUCAACUGAAGAAUUCACCACUCUUGCAUGAAGAAAGCAAGAGCACACUGGUUGAGAUGGCCAACAAGUAUAGGAUCCCUGCUAGAGCUUCUAGAAGUCGGAAGGUAUUUGGUCUAGAAACUUUGCGUGACGAUAUCAUGACAAAGCUCCGUGAGGCACCAAUCUCGGCUAGUAGUCUAUGUUACUCUGUGAUUGGCAUAUAUGGUGUUGCGGGGUCUGGAAAGUCUACCUUUGCAAGUUAUAUUAAAGAUUACAUAAAGAAGGAAUGCAAGAAGAAACUUUUUGACACCAUCAUGUGCAUUCAUGUGUCUGAAACAUCUAGUGUGGAUGUUAUAUUUCAAGAAAUGCUGGAAGAUGUUACCAAAGAUAGUACCAAAGAUUCAUUUGCAAAAAAAAAGAAAAGAAGAAAAUGUACCAAAGUGUCUCCCAAUAUUUCUGAUCAUGGGGGUCUAAAAGCAAAGCUGAAGAAAGCAUUAUCCGGCAAACGUUACUUCUUGAUAUUGGAUGAUGUCUGGGUGAAGAACACGAACAACCCACAACUAAGGGAACUAAAAUCUGUACUCGAUGUUGGGAUGAAAGGAAGCAAAAUCUUGGUGACAGCUCGAACAAAACUUGCAGCUGGAGCUCUGUCGGCUGAUGUGCUGAUUGAAAUGCCUGAUUUGGAUGAGGAUGAAUACUUCAACAUGUUUAUGCAUUAUGCACUGGGUGGUAGAGAUGUGCCUAAUAAAGAAGAAUUUUCACGAGUUGGGAGGGUGAUUGCACAAAAGCUACACCAAUCACCUAUUGCAGCAGUCGCAGUAGCCGGGCGACUUGGGGCAAGCGAAGGUAUCAAUUUUUGGAAAAAUACUGCAAACCAAGGCAAGUUGAAUAACACUAUGGAUGCUCUUUGGUGGAGCUAUCAGCCUCUUAAUCCGGACAUCAAGCGAUGCUUUGAAUUCUGCAAUAUUUUCCCCCGGAGAACCAAGUUGCAUAAGAACAAUUUAGUUCGCUUAUGGAUUGCACAAGGCUUUAUAAAGACCAGUUCUGAAACAGAGGAUAUGGAAAAUGUCGCUGAGCGCUACAUUCAAGAGUUAGUGUCAUGCUCAUUUAUGCAACCGGAAGGAGUUUGUUCAAGUUCUGGCACUGAGCUCUUUAGAAUUCAUGAUCUUUUGCAUGAUUUAUUGGAAAAUGUGGCUGGAAGUGAUUACUUCAGAGUUGAGAAUGAAAGGAGCCAGAUGGGAGAAGGUUGGAAAGGAUCCAUCCCUCAAGAUGUCUGCCAUCUUGUAGUUCAAAAUUAUGAUGAAGAAUUGAUUACCAAGAAGAUCCUUGGGUUGAAAUAUUUACGCACUCUCAUUAUUUAUGAUGUUGGAAAGGAUAUACAAGUUGAGGAAAAAGUUAUUGAGAAAAUUUGCAUGAGGCUGCCAAAGUUGCGGGUACUGAAUGUUUCUUACAGAGCUGGUAGAACCGGGGAACCCAAUAAGUUCUUCUUCCCAGAGUCUAUUUGUAUGUUAAAGCAUCUACGCCAUCUUGCUUUCCGGACAGAGGGUCCAUGUACGGUUGUUUUUCCAGCCGCACUAACUAAACUUCACCAUCUCCGGCUGCUAAAUCUUGGUGCCAGUGAAAAAGUGGAGUUUACCUCUCUUGAUCUUCUCAACCUGCAGCACAUAAUCUGGAAGUGCAUGAACUUUCCUAACGUAGGCAAGCUGACCUCACUGCAAACAUUGUCAUACUUCAUAGUAAGGAAUGAAAACGGUUAUGAGGUAAAUCAGCUAAGGGACCUGAACAAGCUUCGCGGCAAAUUGAAGAUCAGUGGGCUUGAGAAUGUUAAAAGCAAGGAGGAAGCUCUUGAAGCCAAUCUAACUGCCAAGGAAGGGAUCGCGACACUGGUACUGGAAUGGGAUGGUGAUGACACAAGGUGCAGCCCCGAAGUCCAAGCAGAAGUACUUGAGGGCCUGUGUCCUCCCACUGGGCUUGAAACACUAGAAAUUGGUGGUUACAAUGGUUCGAGGUACCCAUAUUGGAUGGUGCGUAAGGAGAACGGUGGCCCCAAUAACCUGCAAAGACUUGAAUUAUCUGGAUGGAAACAACCGGGACCUGGUCCGGAGCUCGUGGCUUUCAUUCAUCUUCGUGUGCUAUGGCUUACCAGCUUCAGCUGGGACACCUUACCAGGCAACUUGGAGCACCUCAUAUCGCUCAAAGAACUUUUUAUUUAUUUCUGUCGUCGUUACAGCAAUGUCCAGUGGCUUCCAACACUGCCCCAGUCUAUUGAGGAGUUUCAUCUUAGGUCCUGCAAUCAUGAGUUGAUAAAGUCCUGUCAAACAGUGGGACAUCCAAACUGGCAAAAGAUUGAGCACAUCCCUAGAAAAACAUUUAAUGGCUGGCUCAAGAAGGCAGUCUACGACGAUGUCUGAUGGUCUUGCAUCAAUUAAGCGCGGCACCAUAAGACAAUUGGUUCAAAAGCUCCGCUGCUUUUGCGUUAGAUUUCGUUAUUUCUGCUACUUUGCUUGCUGUGGUUUCUUAGUAGAACGGAUUAUUUGAGUGCCUAAACCUGUUUUGUAAUAAUGUUGGCAGUGGCUGUCGACUUUGAUUACUGGUAUUUAUUCAGUGUGCUAUGUAAUGGAUAAUGUGCUAUGUUGCUUA